AUGUACAACAAUUCCACAUCACAAAAUCAAAGGGCAUUGUUAUCCAAGAGCCCUUCUGACAAAGCCUUGGUCAAGCCAUUCAAUGCAUGUCAGGAUUAUGUAGAGGCUGAAUACUGGGAGUCUCAGAACACUUCAACCUCUGAGGCCACUGCACCAGAAUGGCUCAUUCCUCCUGGUGAUUCACCACACUUCUAUGACACCUCGUAUUUUCUUCCAAAAGUGCAAGUCAACACUAUCAGCCAUCAUAUCCUUCAAAGUCGCAAAUCUCCACCUAAACCACACAAGUCCUCAGUACCCCACGAGGCAAUUGAUCAAUGUGAGAAUUCUUACGAAGUUGCUGAUGGCAAGAAGCAGAAGUCUUUGAUGGACAGCUUUGAUGAUACCGGUGUUAUGGCUCUUAUAUGCCGUCAUGACAUUCCUCUUUUCUUUGCCAACAUAGACACCCCUGGCGAGCAGCAGAAAGACCGUGCUCGGAUGGAGAAGUGGAGGGGUCGGGGCUUGGCUUCAGCUCUUGUGCUGUGCCCUUAG